UUACCUUGUCAAUGGCAUUUGCGAGGAGUAUGUGUAUAAUAGGCUUCAGUUCAGCUAUGGGUGGUAUUUUACCUUCAUUCAAGGCUUUGUGUACUUAGCACUCAUACGCUUACAAGGUUUCACCACGAAGCUAAUGGUGAACCCCUGGACAACCUACGUAAAGCUCUCUGCUGUUCUUAUGGGUUCUCAUGGAUUAACAAAGGGUUCCCUUGCUUAUCUUAACUAUCCAGCACAGAUCAUGUUCAAAUCAACUAAGGUACUUCCUGUGAUGAUAAUGGGUGCCUUUAUUCCUGGAUUAAGAAGAAAAUACCCUCUCCAAGAAUACAUCUCUGCAUUGCUCCUUGUUGUUGGCCUGAUUCUUUUCACUCUAGCAGAUGCCAACACUUCUCCUAAUUUUAGUAUGAUCGGCGUCAUGAUGAUUAGUGGUGCUCUAGUGAUGGAUUCUUUUCUGGGUAAUUUGCAAGAAGCCAUUUUUACCCUGAAUCCUGAAACUACUCAGAUGGAGAUGCUUUUCUGCUCAACUAUAGUUGGGGCACCUUUCCUACUCGUGCCCAUGAUCUUAACCGGAGAGGUUUUCAAGGCCUGGAAAUCUUGUUAUCAGCACCCUUAUGUAUACGGCGUCUUGGUUUUUGAAGCAAUGGCAACCUUUGUAGGUCAAAUUUCUGUCCUAUCAUUGAUAGCUAUUUUUGGUGCUGCCACAACUGCAAUGGUAACAACUGCAAGAAAGGCAGUUACUUUGCUGUUGUCUUACUUGAUCUUUACAAAGCCGCUGACAGAGCAACAUUGCUCGGGAUUGCUACUUAUAUGCAUGGGAAUUUUGUUGAAGCUUUUGCCUGAAACUAAACCUUCAGUUCGACCUAUGUCAUCUGAUGCCCCAAAGAAGCAAAUUAAAUAUCAUCUCAAAGAGUUUAAGAGAGUAUCAGAAAAAGGAGAAGAUGAAAUAGAGGAAGACAAGAGGCCUCUAGUCUAAGCUUUGAAGCUCUGUUGUUCCGGGUGUAAUACGGUUUUAUAAGAAUUUGAAUUUUGGAUUCUAAUAAAUUCAGUUUCUCCUUGUACAAUAACACGGCGCUUGCAAUCUUGGGCAAUCUUUAUUUAUUGAUUAUUUAUUUAUUUAUUUUGGUUUUAUCAUCGUG